UCUUCAGUUCUUGUGAGUUGGGGCUUGGGUUUGUUCUUGGUUGGAUUGUUGGUCACUCGGUCAGUCCGGUGCUGCUGCUGCAAGAGCCAAGAACCAGGGCGUACUUGUGUUCUUCACCUUUUACUUUUUCUGACGGAUCGUUACCGUCUUCUUCUGCUGUUACGGCAUUGCUGAUUAGAUUGUGGGGCUGUUCUGUCUCAACUCUCAAGAUUGGUGGUCGAAUGAGUGUCUCUUUACUUGAUUAGAUGCUGAUUUGCCCAACAAGUUUGGAUUUUUUUUUUUCUUUUCUCACUGUUUUGUCAGCUCGAUUCGUGCAGGUAGCUAAGCUUUUCUCGUUUCUUGAGCAAUGGCUGUUGGAAGCAGUUCAGUACUAGUUUCCUAUGGUUGAUUUGUACUGUUAUUUUCCCCCCUUCUGAAUUUGAUCUGGGUAAAGUAGUAGUAAAGUGAGUAGAAUAGUUCCUUUCUCUCUCUCUCUCUAGUUACCAGUUGCUUCCCUUUUGGAUGCUUUUUUAUGUGAUUCUGAAAACAAAAAAGCUUGGAAUCUUUGAUGUGCUCUCAAGCUCUUUGCCCAAAUGAUGGCUGCUAGAGCUUGCAGUGGCAACAUAGCUUUUGCUUUGUUUGCUUCCCCUCACUUCCCGUUACAGUUCUUGUCAGCUUUUUCCCCUUCCUUGAGAGUUGAACAUUUAAGCAAAUUAUUCUUCCUUUCUCAUGCUAGUAUAAUUUGCUGGUCAAAACAUUGUUGGUUCUUUGAUAAUGUUUUUCAGAUGAACACCUCUUAAUGGUUUUUAAAAAAUAUUUCUUAUUUACACCUUUUUUUCUUGGGGUUUUUUUAAAUGUUCAUGUCUAACCAUUAAGCAGCACAAUAUUUGAGUUACGCAGUGGCUUCGUCUUAACCUGCUAUACUUCUUGAUUAUCAUUUCUGCCGGGCUGUAAUGGAAUAGAUGCUUGUUCUGUUGACAGUGUAUUGGGACUUCAGAUUUUGAGUGACAUGAGUGUAUUUACGGUUUUCUAUCUGGCUAUAGUUUGCUAAAUUAUUUUCACAAAACAAAAAAGAGGUGUGUUCGCAAGGGAUGCUCAGUUGGAAUAAUAGCUGGCAUUCAAGUUCAACAGAAAAUAGAACAAUGGAGAGGGAAAUUGUGGCCUCAUAUGAACCCAAGAAGAAUAACGAAAUCAGGAUGUUUGAGAGUUCAGACGAGAUGGCAACAGAUCUGGCUGAGUAUAUUUCACAAGUUUCAGAAAUUUCUAUUAAGGAAAGAGGUUACUUUGCUAUUGCCCUGUCUGGAGGGCCUCUUAUCAGUUUUAUGCGGAAACUUUGUGAAGCACCAUACAACAAAACCCUGGAUUGGUCUAAAUGGUACAUCUUCUGGGCUGAUGAACGUGCGGUGGCUAAGAACCAUGUGGAUAGCUACUAUAAAUCAACAAAAGAAGAUUUUCUCUCCAAGGUGCCUAUUCUUAAUGGUCACGUCUACUCCAUCAAUGACAAUGUGACGGUGGAGGAUGCAGCGACGGACUACGAAUUCGUCAUCCGUCAGCUGGUCAAGAUUCGCACAGUCGGAGUUUCAGAGAGCAACGACUGCCCCAAGUUUGAUCUGAUCCUCCUUAGCAUCGGCUCUGAUGGUCAUGUAGCCUCAUUGUUCCCCAACCAUCCUGCACUUGAGCUCAAGGACGACUGGGUCACCUACAUCACCGACUCUCCGGUGCCGCCACCGGAGAGGAUCACCUUCACCCUUCCCGUGAUAAACUCGGCAUCGAACAUCGCCGUAGUGGCCACCGGAGAAGACAAGGCAAAGGCUGUGUAUUUUGCCAUCUCUGACGGUACAGAGGGUCCUGAUGCUCCAUCAAUUCCUGCAAGAAUGGUUCAGCCAACGGACGGUAAGUUGGUUUGGUUUUUGGACAAGGCGAGUGCCUCGUUUCUUGAGGCCAAGACCAAGAACGAUGGGUAUGAGCAUCCAAAGUAUUAGCGACUUGGCAUUCCCUUUUUGCUGCCUAUGAAGAGUUGAGUUGAUCAUGUAGUAGUUGAUGGUUUUUGAUGGAAGAUGCUUUCCUCCAUUACCUUGGUAGUAAGCAGUUCAGGUGCUCGUUUUGAAGGUACUUGGAUCUGAGAAUAUGAAAAUAUCCGUGUCUUUUUGGAGUUGACCAUGGCGCAUGGGUAAUAGAGAUGUAAUCUGUACUUUAUUUUGAGAACUCACAGAAGUUACUGAGAGUAGCUAAGUUCAAAUAUUGGCCGAAUAUGUUAGCGAUGCUUGGUGUGCACUCUAUUAUAUGUGAGUUUAAGUUGC